GUCGUCUGUGACAACUUCCUUGACGACAACUUCCUUGGCAACAACAAGAAGCUUCAGUGUAUUCAUGUACUAGCAUGUUUAACUAGCUAAAUGUAUCCACGGAGAACGUUUUCUGACUUGCUUCUUCAAUUUAAACGUCGUUUUAUUUUAUUGUAAUGUGUGUUAAGUUGUAACGAGCUCGUAGAAUACAUAAUUCCAGCUAAUGCUAACUGUAAAGUUAUCUUGCUAUCCUAUAAGCUAACCUAGCUAGGACUGCUAACACAUGGAUUGACCAAACCACAUGUCUAUUUGACGAAAUGAAUCCCCGCCAGUGGUGUCGUUCAGUCCAGAUAUUUAUCGUCUUGUGUGGACGUUUGGCUCACGCAGCCACAGAACCAGGCGUCACUCCCAGCCCUGUAAAUGGUGAGCCUUUCAGCUCAACAACCCCUGCCGCAGGCGGUGCGGUGGCCGUGGACUCCGCCAGUGUAGGCACCACUGAGGCGGUCACCCUGGUCUCCACUCUGGUGCCCACUCAGGACUCCACUUUGAACUCCACUCUGAACUCCACCCUGUCUGAAGCUCCCUCUAUGGUCACUGAAGCGCCCCCUGCAACCACCGUCCAACCUCUGGUGAUAUCAGAGGGUUGUCUCUGUGAUUUAACCCCUGAUUUCUGUGACAUUGGCUGCUGUUGUGACACAUUUGAUUGUGGUAUUGCGAACUUGAGCACUGUCUUCACCGGAUGUCCACAGAAAGCCAUAUCAGGAGUUUGCAUUGAGAAAUGGCUGAUGUUCAGAGCUAACGUGGAUUUGUCUCUCGUCACUGUGACUGACUCCUUGUUUUGUGUCCGGCCUGAAGAUAAUUCACCCCAGUCCCUCCCAGCUUUACCUCAGUAUCCAGCUUUAGGGGACUCGUACCACUUCUCACCACCAGCACCUACAAGCAGCCGCCACAGCAGAGAUUUCUACAGAGUCGAUGAUGUCAUCCAGACGUAUUACUCCAACUCGGCCGUGCAGGGUCUCCUCCGUCAGCCGUCUCCAGGGGCUGCUGCUGCGUUCUGUAUCGACCGCAACCCUGCAAAGUUCUUGAGGUCUGUGUCUCUGUCUUGUACCCGCAUGUUGACUCCUCAGUCGUGCACCACGGAUCCACAUUUCAACGCCCGCUCCUACUUCUCUGAUCUGAGCCUGAUCAAGAUUCCAAUAGUGGAGAUGGCACACGUGUCAGACUUUCUGAUCCCAGUUACUCCACUGUCUAACUGGCCUGCACCAAGUGUACAAAACAACUUCUGCGUCAAUGUGGUGAAAAAUGUGGAGUUUGUCAUAGGAUACACGGGCAGAGGGGAACUCAUGUAUGCAACAGUGAACGUAGUCUUAGCUGAUGUGGAUCCAAAUCAGUUGCUGUUGCAGACGUACUCUGUACAGUUUCAGCUGGCAACACCCAGUCCCACUCCAGGAGGAUCGAUCCCUGCUGUCGGACUUGGAGUGGGAUCUCCCGUCAUUGGUCGCUUUGAUGGAGAAGUGAUGCCUCUGACCGCACUGGGGGUGUCACAAGGUGGGGAGUGUUCCUCUAACCCCCGCAGACGAGCACCCAUCCUCUUCACACACAACACCGUCACCGGCUGCACAUUCAGUUCCCCAUCUAGUAACUGUUCAGAGCUGAAUUCCCAGAUUUACGGGAUCUUGCAGGGACUUGCUGCUCCUGAUGUGAUCGCCAUGAACUCUGGCUCCCAACCGAACUGGACGAGAGUCCUCACCCAGGAGUGUCCUGUCAGCCUGGAGGAAACAUGUGAAUUAGGCUGUGUCCUCCCCAACUCUCUCUCUAUCCGAGUACUGUGGGCCCGACAGGGUCUCUUAGACCUUCCCCAGAACUACAUCCUGGGGGCCAAAUACCUUUUCCAGUGUCAACUUUUCAAGUGUCCUACGUCGUCCCCUAUCGCUCUGACCACUGAGGUGACGUUUGUUGACACUACAGUUUACCCAGAACCCCCGAGGGGCUCGCCCCAGCCUAACUGGAAGUUUCCAUUUGGCUUCUUCACUAGAGGCGCUGCUGAGCUGGACGGGCACAUUGUCAUUAACGGCGGUGUCACUGAGAAGGUCACAUGGAGUUUAAUGCCGUUCACAGUAAUGUUACUAACAGGAUUAGAAUUCUUCACUCGGUAGUCGGAUAGGUAACGGCGGAGCAGUUAGGAGGAAGCUUUGAGGGCUUCUUAACUUGAGUGAAUAGUUGUAUAUGAAAGAA